AUGUCCUACACUUUAACCGUUGCUGCUAAGGCUCCAGUCGUUGCCUACCCGGCAUUGAUUGCUGCUGCGUUUGUCAAUUCCCAAACCGAAACCGCCAUCAAGAUUGACUUUGUUGACGAAAAAGCUGUCGAUAAAGCUGCUGUCAAGUUAACUAAAGGUGAUGAAACUUUUGUUGAUAACCAAGCUUUGGAAAAAUUGGCUGCUGAUUUCCCAAAAGUCUUGUUAGAAGGUGAUGCUUCAAAAGAAUGGAUCAAAUUCGCUGCUGAAGAAUUAACUAUUAAAGAUUUCAAAAAAUUAUCAGUUUCUUUAGAAAAAUUAGAUGCUCAUUUAAACUACCGUUCAUACAUUGUUGGUUACAAACCUUCAUUAGCUGAUAUCGCUGUCUGGGGUUACUUGAGAUCAAACGGUGUCAUUGGUUCAGUUAUCAAAAAUACCGUUUACAUCAACGUUUCCCGUUGGUACACUCAUCUUGAAUCAAACAAAACAUUUGGUGGUAUUUCUGAAUUAUUCACUAAAUCUGUUGCUGAAUUAAGAAAACAAGCUAAAGUUAAACCAGAUGGUAAAAAAGAAACCCAUAAAGCUAACUUUGAUAUUGAUUUGAAAGAUGCUGUCGAUGGCCAAGUUGUCACUCGUUUCCCACCUGAACCAUCUGGAUAUUUACAUAUUGGUCAUGCCAAAGCUGCUAUUUUAAACAAAUACUUUGCUGAUCAAUACCAUGGUAAAUUGAUUAUCAGAUUUGAUGAUACCAAUCCUUCAAAAGAAAAAGUUGAAUUCGAAGAAUCAAUUAUUGAAGAUUUAAGAUUAUUAGGUAUCAAAGGUGAUAAGCAAACUUAUUCAUCAGAUUACUUUGACCACAUGUAUGAUUUAGCUGUUAAAUUGAUUAAAGAAGGUAAAGCUUAUGCUGAUGAUACACCAUUAGAAAAAAUGAGACAAAAUAGAAUGGACGGUAUUGCCUCUGAUAGACGUGACCGUACUGUUGAAGAAAAUUUGAAGAUUUUCACUGAAGACAUGAAGAAUGCUACUGAAGAAGGUUUGAAAAACUGUAUUCGUGCUAAAAUUUCCGUUGACAAUCCAAACAAGGCUUUAAGAGAUCCAGUUAUUUACAGAUGUAAUUUAACUCCACAUCAUAGAACUGGUUCCCAAUGGAAAAUGUACCCAACUUAUGAUUUCUGUGUUCCAGUUGUUGAUUCUUUAGAAGGUGUUACACACGCUUUACGUACCAUUGAAUAUAAAGAUCGUGAUGCUCAAUAUGAAUGGUUCUUGAAAGCUUUAAAUAUUAGAAAGGUUCAUUUGUGGGAAUUUGCCAGAGUUAACUUUGUUAGAACUUUGUUAUCAAAACGUAAAUUACAAUGGUUUGUUGAUAAGAACUACGUUUCAAACUGGGAUGACCCAAGAUUCCCAACUGUUAGAGGUGUUAGACGUAGAGGUAUGACUGUUGAAGGUUUGAAAAACUUUGUUAUUUCUCAAGGUCCAUCUAAAAACAUUAUCAAUUUGGAUUGGAGUAUUAUCUGGGCUGCCAACAAGAAAGUUAUUGAUCCAGUUGCUCCACGUCACACUGCUGUCGUUUCACCAGUUAAAGUUCAUAUUGUUGAUGGUCCAGCUAAACCAUACACUGAAAAGAAACCAAAACAUAAGAAAAAUCCAGAUGUUGGCGAAAAAGAUGUCAUCUAUGCUUCUGAUAUCUUGAUUGAUCAAGAAGAUGCUGAUUCAUUUGAAGAUGGUGAAGAAUUAACUUUAAUGGAUUGGGGUAAUGUUAUCAUCACCAAACUCGUCAAAGAAGGUGAACAUGUUAAAUCAAUUGAAGCUAAAUUGAAUUUGGAUGGUGACUUCCGUAAGACUAAACAUAAAGUUACUUGGUUAGCUGAUACUCCAGAAAAAGUUUCUGUUGAUUUAGUUGAUUUUGAUCAUUUAAUCACCAAAGAUAAAUUAGAAGAUGGUGAUGAUUUCGAAAACUUUUUAACUCCAAAGACUGAAUUCCACACAGAAGGUUUGGCUGAUGUUAAUGUUGCUUCCAUGAAAGUUGGUGACAUCAUUCAAUUUGAAAGAAAGGGUUACUACCGUCUUGAUAAACAAGCUGAAGGUGGUAAACCAGCUGUUUUCUUCACUAUCCCAGAUGGUAAAACUGUUAACAAAUAUGGUGCCAAGAAAUAA